AUGGCUACCACCGACGAUGCCCUUGAGACCUACACGCAUCUUCCUCUACACAUAGACCCUCAAACUAAACAAGUCUCUGUGCUCUCGUCAGACAAAGCCCUACAGGAUGCUGUCGCGAAUCUCAACAGCUUGCACAGUGCCCUGAAAUCUUUGGAGACCCCGAACAACGUCCCACCGCCUCCUCUGCAAGUAAAUCCAAAGCGAUCGGGAAAUGUCCAAAAACUCCGAGAAUCUGCCGCAGCUUCGUCUCGGAAAGGUCAACAUGCAGACGCAAUUCGCCUUCUUGGAGUUGCCAUAGAUAUGGCAGCCGCGCGGCCUGGUUGGGAACCCAUGGGACUGGCAAGAGAAGAACUGGCUCUGAUGUAUCUGUCUCGUGCAGCAGCAAACGCUGGAGUGCAGAACUGGGUGGAAGGGUUAAAAGACGCCGAGUGCAGUUUGGAGUGUAAGAAAGGCCCUAGCAACGGUCCCAACAGUGAGAAGAUCCCGGGAAAUGCCAAAGCAUACAUCGUGGGUGGAAGGUGCUUGAUGGAGAUGGGUCGAUGGAGGAACGCUGUCGAAUGGCUCGAGAAAGCCGUCGAGGUCGAGGGUACUGAGGGUGAUGACGGGCGAGAGCUGGCCCGCCAGUUGACAGAGGCGAGAAAUCAUGCAGAAGCCAAAGUCUGA